AUGCCCGUCCAGACCCUCCAAGAACCCGGCGAUGUUUUCGAGAUAAUUACGCAGUCCCCGAAAUCAGUCGUUGUACAUUACUGGGCUCCCUGGAUGGGGGCAGAGUCGCCAUUUGUUCCCAUAUUUUGGGAGGCGGAUGAAAACCGUGGAGGGGAUGUUGACUUUGUCAUUGUGGACAGUGGAUUUAUUCAUCCUCAGCAUAGCCCAGAUGAGAUGCCCUUGACGGUUCUCUAUAGAGGUGGUGAGGAGGUAGAUACUGCUCCGUUUGAUCCCAAUGAGAUUCAAGUGCUUAUUGGGAAAGCAUGA